UAAUCUAACAAUGUGUAUCGUCACAUAAGAUUUCGGUUUCGUUUUUCAGGUGCAAAAAACUGGUGAAAUUGUACAUUCUUCGAAUUCAAUGGUUUUGAAGGUAAUUGUUAUUGGUGCAAGAAAGUGUGCUGAAACUGUGCAUUCUUCGAAUUCAAUGGCUGUGGAGUCAUCCUCAGUGGCAACCGAUCAUGGAUUUCCCCCGCGAAAAUUUAAAACUACUUGUCCUUCUACGAAUGAGAUAAACAUAAAGGAAGGGAAACUUGAUUCUACCGAAACUUCUGAAAAUGAAAUACUAAGAAUUUUUCAAGCUUUGUUGUUGUCUACCUGUAUGUUACUUCUGAAUUAUCAUAGCGUCCGUUAUGGUCGGACAGAGUAUAGUAUCUUGGAAAAUGGAGAGAUCGCUCCAGGUUAUGCUCAUAAAGCUGUGAUCACUUUGACCCUAGGCUACUCUAUGCCUUAUACGAUUGUUUCUUUCUUCGCCAUUGGCAUGCUUGCUUAUUCUUUGAUCUCGAAAAAUCCACGUUGGAGUCUCCCAUCGAUAGUUCUCUAUCUGGCUGACUUGGUUUGCGGUAUCAGCGAGUCCAUUGUCGCUAUUUGGUUAUUUUUCUCCUAUUUCCCAUUAUCGACCGCUCUGUCUUACACGUUAGGCACAAUUUUACUGAUAUUCGGAGAAAUUUGGAUGUGGCUGGGCGUCCUUCGACUGUACGAACAUAGAACCUUCAAAUGAAGCAUAGGAUCGACAUUCACGAGGAAAGGAGACAAAUCGAACGAAAGAGCGAAUACA